GAGAAAAAAAAAAAAAAAAAAAACAAAAACAGAGAGAUACAUCAAUCAAUCAUUCAUUUAUUCUUAGUUCUUCCUCUCUUCUGCUUCUUCUUCUUCUUCUUCCUUGUUUCAUCCCACAAAAUCUAGCAUUAGAAGAAGCUUACAGAGAGAUAGAAAAUUCGAUCAUUCGAAGCAGAAAACAAAAAAAUUGAAUGGCGGCAAGAGCCAAUAACAAAUACGCCUCAAUCAACUUCAACCACAUCCUCCACAAAGAUCCUCCUCCUUCUUCUUCUUCCUCUUCUCCGUACUCUUCCACCUCCUCCCCCGCUUCUUAUUCCUCCGUCGCUCGUUCCAAUGGCCGUAUGCUCGUCCUCACCAAACCUUCCCCCAAACCUCUGAGAUCUCCCUCCCCUGUCUCCAUUACCACGCCUCCGCUCUCUCCAGCUCCGAGGAUUCCGGAUCAAGCCACCUCUGAUCCAGAUCCGAAUCAGAUCUCUCUUCGUCCUUUGGGUCAUACCGGACCUGGCUCCUCGCUUUCAUUUCCACUUCGGACUCCUGAAUGCGAGAAAGUCCAGGACGUGCCUGCUCCUGCUCCGUUGAUCUCCAUGUCCCCGAAACCUGAUAAGUUCGUGCCGCCGCAUCUUAGGCCUGGUUUUGUUCGGAAAGAUGAGAAACCUGGACUUGACUCUUCUCGAGUUAGAGAUCUGAAUCCGAAUUUGAACCAGGAACUGCCACGGCAGGGAUAUUUCGGUUAUGGACAGACCGGACGUCCCAAAUCGGGCGGGUAUGAGAGGGUCCGGACCGAUCCGAGAUCCACCGGAAACCGACCCGGCACCUCCGGAUGAUGAGCUUGCUGGGUUGAUGUCCAGUUUACUCACUCGAUGAUGGAGAUGUUGGAACCUUACGUAGUUACCUCUGAAACGUUAAAAAAAACAGUGACUUUUCUCAUUUCUCACUUCUUUUGAUCAAAACCAGAGAUGAUCAGAGACCACCCCAAAGAUUCACAGUAGAUUUGUAGUAAGUUGUUGUUUCAGGGAUCAGGGUGAUACUAAUGACACACAAUAACACUUGUCUCACUUAUGUUUUUAAAAACUUUGUUUAUGUACCUAUAAUUCUGUAUUAGCACGUGUUUGUCUAGGUUUUAAUCUAUAGAGUCUUCUAUACAGAUUAAACAUCUUUUGGGGUUUAUUAAGAAAAAAACAUUUCUUUGUAUGAAGGCCAUUCUUCUUAUUA